UCCCUUGCCUGCAACCCCUGGCAACCGAGCUCAGUCAAAAUGGAUGUUGAUGAAACUCAAGACAUGGAAGCAGAAGAAACGGUCGUAGAAGUCACAGAAGCAGGUGCAAAUACCAGCCGACCACACAGUCCUGAAGAAGAAAAAGCUACAAAUGGGGAAGAGGAAUCAAAGAAGGAGCAUGAUGAAUCAGAAAACAAAGAUGAGGGCAUAACUGAUAAAGAGACAACAGAUGAGCCAGAUGAUGGUGAGGGUGAAAAAGAGGUACCAGAGCCAGAUGAUGGUGAGGGUAAAACAGAGGUACCAGAGCCAGAUGAUGGUGAGGGUAAAACAGAAGUACCAGAGCUGGAUUUUAGUGAGGAUAAAACAGAGGUACCAGAGCCAGAUGUUGGUGAUGGUAAAGCAGCGGUGGAAGAAGCAGAAGCUGGAUAUGAGAUUAUGGCUGAAGUCAAGGAAAAGGCUCAAGAUAAUGAAGACGGUCAAUUAGAAAAGACUGACAGUGCAAAAGAGGGACCAGUAAAUAACCUUGAGCCUUCAAGUGUGGUAGAGGCUGAAAAGGAGGUGGAGGGAGAGGCAACUGGUGCUACAGAAGAUGGAGGUCAAAGAGAUGCAGCAGAGAAUGAGAAAGAACAAGAAGAAGCAGAGAAUGAGGAAAGAGAUAAAGAAAAUGCAGAUAAUGGAGAGGAGGAAAGCACAUACAUAAGAAUGAAGGAUGAAGAUGAAAAGAAAAUUGCUGCAGAUUUUUACUACAAUUUUGAGGAGUUUAUGUCCAAAGCUAGGGUCACAGAGGGAUCUGGUCUUCCUAGUGACCUCCUAUCUCUACAACACUCUUUUGGCUAUGAUUGCAAACGGCGCCACAACCUUCAUCUUCUGGAUGAAAACCAUUUGCUUUUCAUUGCUGGUAAUGUCUUGCAGAUCCUGAAUGUCCGUACCAAGAAGCAGACGUAUAUCCGGAGUACAAGUGGAGGCAGCAUAGGUGCCUUAGCUGUUCACCCAAGCCGAAAAUAUUUUGCUGUUGGAGAAAAAGGGAAGGCACCGAACAUAAAUAUCUUUGAAUACCCAUCUUUAAAGUUGUACCGCAUCUUACGUGGUGGGACCGAGGCAUCUUAUGCCUCACUAAACUACAGUCCUGAUGGUGAGUUGUUGGCUUCUCAAGGAGGUGACCCAGAUUACAUGCUGACAGUGUGGAACUGGAGAGAAGAAAAGAUCAUGCUACGCUCUAAGGCUUUCUCUCAGGAUGUUUUCCGUGUAACUUUUGCAUCCGAACUGGAAGGGCAGCUGACCACUGCUGGAACUUCCCACAUUCGGUUCUGGAAGAUGGCAGACACAUUCACAGGACUCAAGCUUCAGGGAGAGCUGGGACGUUUUGGUCGAACACAGAUCUCUGAUAUUGAGGGUUAUGUGGAGUUACCAGAUGGCAAAGUGUUGUCUGGAUGUGAUUGGGGAAACCUUCUGCUUUGGGAUGGAGGGCUGAUCAAAGUGGAGGUCACAAAGAGAGGUCGUAAGUCGUGCCACAGUGGACCAAUCAUGCAAAUUCUUCUUGAUGAAGGAGAGCUGAUUACCGUGGGAGUGGAUGGCUAUAUCAGAGUGUGGGAUUUUGAGACUAUUGACACAGCAGAUCAGACAGAUGAAUCUGGACUUUUUGAAAUGGAUCCCAUGAAUGAAUUACGUGUUGGGCAAGAUGUUCAGCUGUACGGUAUUGUGAAGUCUAUCGACGAAGAAAAUGAACCAACCAUCUGGUAUGCUCAGGAUGCUAAUGGAGGGAUCUGGAGGCUGGAUCUUUCCUUUUCUCACACAUCCCAAGCUCCAGAGAAGCUUAUGACAUACCAUUCUGGGUCCAUCCUGGGUUGUGUUACUUCCCCUAAUACUCACCUUGCAGCCUCUGUCGGUUUGGACCACUCUGUGAGAGUGUUUGACUAUGGACAGCAAAAGCAGCUUUCUGAGUCCCAUUUCAAUGCUGGGGGGUCAUCCAUUUUGUGGGCGCCUCAAAUUGUUGAUCCUAAGGGCAAGACUGUGGUAGCAGGAUUCACAGAUGGUGUGGUUCGAAUUCUAACUGUUAGCCAGAUGCCGGAGGACAUACCCCGAAACAAAAAGGGUGAAUGUGAAGUGGCUUUGAAACAAGUAUUCAAACCUCAUAGCAAGGCCGUCACCUCCAUGGCUUAUGAUGGCAAAGGACAAAUACUUGCAACAGGGGGCCAGGAUGCUACAGUAUUCUUCAUGAAUAUAGGCAAUCCAUAUGAGCCAGUUGGAUUCAUUAAAGUUCCUGCACCAGUCAGACAGCUAUUAUGGACUCCAGAAAAAUUUAACAAGCAAGCACUGCUGGUUGUUUGUGAUGAGGGCAUUGUGGUUGAGCUAGGUGUGCCAGAUGUGGACAAACUGGACACAGCUCGCACCUUUGAGAUUAAAGAUGUAACUGUGAGGCAGUACACAUUCCAUAGCAUCAAGUCACGUCUUAGGCAUGAAGAGGAGCUGGAGAGGAAAAAGAUUGAGGAGGAAGAGAGAAAGAAGAAAGAGGAAGAAGAGAGGAGAAGACGAAUUGAACGUGGACUGGAGACAGAGUCUGAACAUGGAGAUGAACAUGAUGAACAUUCAAAAGCUGUUCAUGAUGACUGGCAGCCAUUCAUCCCCAAAGAACCAUCACCAAUCUUGCAUGCCUUUUAUGAUGUGAAUGAAGAAGAAUAUUUCUGGUUGUCUAUGGGAGAGUUUGAUUCAGGAUACCUAUACAAAUGCAAGUUCACAUCUCCUGAAGAAAAGACAAAGAUACGUCCAGAUGCUGCUGAUGAACCUGUACUGGCAGUUCCAAUUGUUGAGUCAGAUGAUAUACCUAUCAGUACCUUGAUUUUUAGUGUGUCGGGUAAUCAAGCUCUCAUGGGUAUGCAGGAUGGCAGCAUUCGGGUGCAGACUCUACUGAAGCCAUUCUCUUUCACUGAUAUACGGACGUAUUGGUGCCUGCCUAUGCAUGAUGCUCAGACAGGGAGAGUCUGGCUCCUUGCUCUGACAUAUGAAAACACACAGCUGCUGAGUGUAGGAGAUGAUGGAAAUUUCUUCCUGUUCAGCUACAUGGCAGAUGAGGAGCUGCAGAGAAGGAUAGCAGAGUACAAAGCAAAGCUGCCAUCUGCCCGGGUAUGCUUAAAACUUAUUUUUGUAAAUACAAUUUACACUUUAUUAGCGCAUCAUGUAAGAAAGGCAUUAAGCGAAAAGGCAGAGCAUGAUAACAUGAUGAAGGAGGCAGAAGAGAAAAAGCGAGAUGUUCGACGACAAUUGCAAACUACGACGACAGCUUUCAAGUCCAUCUUAGAGUACAGAAUGAGACACUCGUACCUAAGGCACAAACAGCUACCCUCGGAGGAAUUUGAAAUGGACAGAGAGAUAAAAGUGGAGCUAGAGCGCCAGAUAAGUGAUCGUGUUUCUCUUGUACGGAAAGAAAUGGCGUGGGAGUCUGAGAAACAGCGCCUAGCUUUGGAAAAGCUUCGGAAGAGAUUUAAAGAUGUGGUGGAGUGUGAGCAGAUUGUUGUGAAGACCUUCAUGAGCUCACAUGAAGUCACAAGUUUCCGCGCCAGCAAACUAUCCGAUGACUUCUACCAGCUGAAGGCUGAGUAUGAGCGAAAGAAGACUCAAGGAACAACGAAAGAUGAUUUUACAAGAGAUCCAACUCGGGAUCUUUUGGCAGGCCAACAAAGAGCUGCAGAAGGCAUAGGCCAAGGUGGAGAUGCUGUUGAUGAGGCUGGGGCAGCAUCAAAAGUGACAACGACCUUGAAAGGCAGCAUGGGGGAACGUAUCACCAAGGCGCUACUCAAAGUUGAAGAGAAGAAGAAGAAAAGGGCAAUACGCAAAGCCAUGUGGGAAGCUUAUUCUUCAAAGCCAGAUGACCAGUAUGAGGACCCUGCUGAUGUGGCUGCCAUCCAUGAAGCCAAAGAAAAUAUGGGUGAACAAACUCAAAACAGCCUGGACUAUGUUGUACCAGACCAUCUACGCAUGAAUGUGGAAAAAGCGGGUCGUCUUCUAGUCCUGAAGGACCAGAUCCAUGAUUACAAAUAUGACUUUAAUGUGCGACUCUUGGCAUUGCGAGACAAAAAGAUCCGCAUCAUCGAAGAGAUCCGUGAUCUUGUGAAGCAGCUUGUUCAGAUUCAUUUGCACCUGGAUUCUCAGAAACACAAACCAGUUCCACCCAUACCUGAACUGCACUUUGAUGAGAUGCCUGAGAAGCGAUUGGAGUACACACGAGAUUCACUGAUUCGUAUGAUAAACUACUAUAGAAGUACUUUAAGAAGCAAAAUAACUAUUUCAUCUGUGUCUAAGAAGUCUUUUUUAGGUCCAGUGGGACAAGGCUCAAACCAGGCUAAUAAGCAAAUAUCAUUUGCCAGCAGUAUGACACAAUCCCAGGAGCCCUUGAGUGCACUUGACCGAAAUGAACCAGAUGAAUUUGCAGAAGAAUUAUCUCCUUUGGAAAAGGAAAUUCGUCUCAUUGAGCAAAUAAAACUUGAGUAUGAACAAUCUCAUCUUCUUGAGCGUAUCACUGACCUCGUCCAGAAAUUUGAUGCUGAGCUGCUUAUGCUAAGACAUGAAAAAUUUCAAAUGGACAUCAUCAUGACAAAUGCUGACCUCAGACAGGUGACACUGUUUGAAGAGCUGGUCCUACUGAAGGAGUAUGAAAAGAGUGAAGAUGUACUGGCUGAGAAAGUCACGUCCAAGCAGCAGGAGAAAUUGGACAUGCAGAGUAAGAUUCUGGAGGUGCAAGGUAAGCUGGAGGCAAAACGAAAAGACAUUGAGAAGCUUCAGGAAAGGGAGAAAGCAGUCCAUCAAGCAUUCCUGCAGUCUUUGGGCGACAACAACAAGUUUGCUGACUACCUCACAAAAGUCUUCCGCAAGAAGAUAAAGAGAACAAAGAAGAAAACCACAGAAGGGGAAGGGUCUGAUGAUGAUAGUGAUGAAGACUCCGAUGAUGAUUCGGACUGGGAGGAGUCAGAUGGAGAGUCAGAGUCAGAGACAGGAGGCUAUGACCUUGACAUUUGUCCACCUGGCUGUGAUCAGACACUCUACGAUAGCACCACCACCAUGCGGGAAAAGCGGUUGGAUGCUGAAGAAGCUCUAGCAGAAGAGAAGAAAAACAAUGAAGCCUUGAAAAAGGAGCUGGAUGCACUGCAGAAGAAAGCUCGUGUCAUUGAGUCAUCUCUUAAAACAGCACAGAGUGAAUUAGAAGCAUUUCAGCUGGAGAAGCAACAGAAGCUGAACGAGCUGGACAUUGUGGCCACGCUGUGUUUGCAUCAGAUCCAGCAUGUAAUUAACUCUGUGUUGCCCUCUGACCUCAGCCAGACACUGGUCUUUGAGCUGGCUGGGGUGAUCAGACUUCAGCAAAGGAUCAAGGAGCUGGAACAUGAGAAAUUCUUGCAGAAGAAACAAAUGAAGGAAGCUCGCAAGAAACAUGUCCAACUUAUCAAAGACAGGCGCCACUUUGAUGCCAAAAUUUCUAAGAUGGAGACCAAAUGUAGCACUAUGAUGGCAGCAAAGUUUGGGCGAAUUGUUGAUCUUGAAAAACUAGAAACUGUCACAGUGAACCGUACUAUUGAAGAACUGAAGGAAAAACUGCAGCAGAUAGAAACGGAGUGCGCUACAGAGUUGCAUAAAAUGGAUGAGGAGAUCUCGAACAAGCGAGAACAAAUGGUGAAAAUUAUUCGUGGAAAUACACAGCGUCUUGAGCAAAUGGGAAUGUUGGUGUCAGAACACAAUUUGUUCCAGGAGGAUCUGGACAAAAGGCAAAAAGAUGUGGGAGAUGACUUUGUCAGCACACGGCCGGCUGAUGCGCGUGAGCGUCAGCGCCUGAUCCAGUUGGUGCAGCUGCAGGCACAGGAGAUUGAAGCACUCAAGGAUGAGAUCCUACUGUUGUCCCGAAAGGGUGGCCACAUCCUGCCCCCUGCCCAGCCACCCAUGUCACAUGUUUCUUAGCACGGCACCUGUCCCAUCACCUCUCCAUUGCUUUUCAUUUGUUUCAUGAAAGACUUAAAUAUAAAUUUUACUGUUAUUGCUUAUGACUAGCCUCCGUGGUUUAGUUCUGCUGAAAUAAGAACAUUACUUUCAAAUUAUGUACUGAAUGUAAGCUUUACAAUUAAUAAGCAAAGAUGUUUGUUUUAUGAGUUAAAUUACUGACAGAUUUUUGUUUAUGAUAACAGCUGAGGAAUGAACAUUUUUUUAACUUCAGAUUUUUAAAUGAAAUCAUGCAUUUAUUAUUGUUUGAAGCAUGAGGCCUUAAAUAAAAGCGCAAUUAAAAACAAAAGUCUAAUAUGUAAGAAAUUAGUUUCAAAGAUAAAAGACUAAAAGAAAAAUUGUGCAAGAUUAAAUUAAGGUCGACAAACAAUUAAAAGCUGUGGAGAAUUCACGAGGGAUUUUUAAACAAAAUUUAGAUAAGCAGAAUGGCUGUUUGUGAUCUAUGUAUAUAUUAAUCACUGCAUAAUAUAAUGUUAUAUUUAGCAGUAAAGAUUUAUAAAAGCAAAA